ACCUCUCCCCCUCAACCUCAACCUUCUCCUCUACCGCACGCAACAUGGGCGUCACUGUUGAGACCAUUUCGGCCGGAGACGGCAAGAACUUCCCCAAGAAGGGCGACAACGUCACCAUCGACUACACGGGCCGGCUGGAGAGCACUGGCGCCAAGUUCGACUCGUCGGUCGACCGCGGCACGCCCUUCCAGACCGCCAUCGGCGUCGGCCGUGUCAUCAAGGGCUGGGACGAGGGCGUCCCGCAGCUCUCGCUCGGCCAGAAGGCCAAGCUCAUCUGCACGCCCGACUACGCGUACGGCGAGCGUGGCUUCCCUCCCGUCAUCCCGGCCAACUCGACCCUCGUCUUCGAGGUCGAGCUCCUCAAGAUCAACUAAGCGGUGCCACGUCGCCGAGCUGUAAAGGCCGACUGUCAAGGGCCGCAGCUGCGUUAUCUGAAAACGAGAAGUUGUCCAGUCCGA